GUGGGAUCUGCCGCUGCACCCUCAUCCCGGGGAGCGCCCGGAGAGCACUUUUCCCCUUACUUCAGGAGUGUUUGUGGAUUUACAUGCCAAGCCUUCAAGAUGAUGUCCAUGAACAGCAAACAGCCGCAUUUUGCCAUGCAUCCCACCCUACCUGAACACAAGUACCCCUCGCUGCACUCCAGCUCGGAAGCAAUAAGAAGAGCCUGUCUACCAACUCCACCGUUGCAGAGCAAUAUCUUCGCCAGCCUAGAUGAGACCCUGCUGGCCCGGGCCGAGGCUCUGGCGGCCGUCGACAUCGCCGUGUCCCAGGGCAAGAGCCACCCCUUCAAGCCAGACGCCACCUACCACACCAUGAACAGCGUGCCGUGCACCUCCACCUCCACCGUGCCGCUGGCGCACCACCACCACCACCACCACCAUCACCACCAGGCGCUGGAGCCCGGGGACCUGCUGGACCACAUCACCUCUCCGUCGCUGGCGCUCAUGGCCGGCGGCGGGGGGCACGAAGGGGCCGGCGGGGGCGGAGGCGGCGGCGGCGGAGGAGGGGGAGGCGGCGGAGGCGGCGGCGGCGGGGGCGGCUUGAUCUCCACCUCGGCCCAUCCCCACUCGCACAUGCACGGCCUGGGCCACCUGUCGCACCCGGCCGCCAUGAACAUGCCCUCGGGCCUGCCCCACCCGGGGCUGGUGGCCGCUCACCACGGCGCGGCGGGGCAGGUGGCCUCGGCGGUGGUGGGGGCGGCCGGCCUGGCCUCCAUCUGCGACUCGGACACGGACCCCCGGGAGCUGGAGGCCUUCGCCGAGCGCUUCAAGCAGCGGCGGAUCAAGCUGGGCGUGACCCAGGCCGACGUGGGCUCGGCCCUGGCCAACCUGAAGAUCCCCGGCGUGGGCUCGCUGAGCCAGAGCACCAUCUGCCGCUUCGAGUCGCUCACCCUGUCCCACAACAACAUGAUCGCGCUCAAGCCCAUCCUGCAGGCCUGGCUGGAGGAGGCCGAGGGCGCCCAGCGCGAGAAAAUGAACAAGCCCGAGCUCUUCAACGGGGGCGAGAAGAAGCGCAAGCGGACUUCCAUCGCCGCCCCGGAGAAGCGCUCCCUGGAGGCGUACUUCGCCGUGCAGCCCCGGCCCUCCUCCGAGAAGAUCGCCGCCAUCGCCGAGAAAUUGGACCUGAAAAAGAACGUGGUGCGGGUUUGGUUUUGCAACCAGAGACAGAAGCAAAAAAGGAUGAAAUUUUCCGCCACCUACUAA